GGCUCGGGCCCCUACCGUCCCGGCGGCGGCUGGAGGAGGAAGCCAGGCCGAGGUGGAGCGCAGCCGGCGCGCACUGUCUCCCGGGUCCGCAGGGAAAGGUUCUUAGGAGGUGAGCACGGACGGCAUGCAAAGUUGUGAAUCCAGUGGUGACAGUGCGGAUGACCCUCUUAGUCGUGGCCUCCGGAAAAGGGGACAGCCGCGCGUGGUGGUGAUCGGCGCCGGCUUGGCUGGCCUGGCUGCAGCCAAAGCACUUUUGGAGCAGGGCUUCACCGAUGUCACCGUGCUUGAGGCUUCCAACCGCAUCGGAGGCCGGGUGCAGAGCGUGAAACUCGGACAAGCCACCUUUGAGCUGGGAGCUACCUGGAUCCAUGGUACCCAUGGGAAUCCCAUCUAUCAUCUAGCAGAAGCCAAUGGGCUCCUGGAAGAGACAACAGAUGGGGAGCGCAGCGUGGGCCGCAUCAGCCUUUACUCCAAGAAUGGCGUGGCCUGUUACCUUACCAACCACGGCCGCCGGAUCCCCAAGGACGUGGUUGAGGAAUUCAGCGAUUUAUACAACGAGGUCUAUAACCUGACCCAGGAGUUCUUCCAGCAUGGAAAACCAGUCAAUGCAGAGAGUCACAACAGCGUGGGGGUGUUCACCCGGGAGAAGGUGCGCAAUCGCAUCCGGGAGGACCCCGAUGACCCGGAGGCCACCAAGCGCCUGAAGCUUGCCAUGAUCCAGCAGUACCUGAAGGUGGAGAGCUGCGAGAGCAGCUCGCACAGCAUGGACGAGGUGUCGCUGAGCGCCUUCGGGGAGUGGACGGAGAUCCCGGGCGCGCACCACAUCAUCCCGGCGGGCUUCGCGCGCGUGGCCGAGCUGCUGGCCGCGGGCUUCCCGCCGCACGUCAUCCGGCUGGGCAAGCCGGUGCGCUGCGUGCACUGGGACCUGCAGGCGCCGGAGCGCGGCCGGGGGGCCCCGGCCCCGGGGCAGGAGGAGGAGGAGGCGGCGGGCGGCGCGCGCUGGCCCGUGGCCGUCGAGUGCGAGGACCGCGAGCGGGUGCCGGCCGACCACGUCAUCGUGACGGUGUCGCUGGGCGUGCUGCAGCGCCAGCACCACAGCCUGUUCCGGCCCGGGCUGCCGGCCGACAAGGCGGCGGCCAUCGCGCGCCUGGGCUUCGGCGCCACCGACAAGAUCUUCCUGGAGUUCGCCGAGCCCUUCUGGGGCCCCGACUGCAACAGCCUGCAGUUCGUGUGGGAGGACGAGGCGGACGGCCGCUCGCUGUCCUACCCGCCCGAGCGCUGGUUCCGCAAGCUGUGCGGCUUCGACGUGCUCUACCCGCCCGAGCGCUACGGCCACGUGCUCAGCGGCUGGAUCUGCGGCCGCGAGGCGCUCGUCAUGGAGCAGAGCGACGACCAGGCCGUGGCCGACGCCUGCACCCGCAUGCUGCGCCAGUUCACGGGGAACCCCAACAUUCCAAAACCUCGACGAAUCCUGCGUUCGGCCUGGGGCAGUAACCCCUACUUCCGAGGCUCCUACUCCUACACGCAGGUGGGCUCCAGUGGGGCCGACGUGGAGAGGCUGGCCAAGCCCCUUCCUUACUCGGAGAGCUCCAAGACUGCGCCCAUGCAGGUGCUGUUUUCGGGGGAGGCCACCCACCGCCAAUACUACUCUACUACUCAUGGUGCUCUGCUCUCGGGCCAGCGCGAGGCCGCCCGGCUCAUCGAGAUGUACCGAGACCUCUUCCAGCAGGGGCCCUGAUGGGCUCCCAGCAUGUUCCUCAAAGAACCACUAACUUGUGAUGCCCUGCACCUCACAGCUGGGGCUCCUAACUGCCUAGUCCCUGGUAGAAUGGAUGUUACCCACAAGUAGAGCUAGACACCCUGAUGGAGUGCACGCCUGGCCCUGUAGUGCUUUCCUUCCUUGGUGCCAGGUUGUGACCCUGGUGGGGACUAUUGAUGACUGUUGAUAUAUCUUUGUCUCUG